AUGCCCCCUUCCCCACCAGCUGAGACUCAACCAGAAGCUCAACCAGAGCUUCCUGAAUUUACAUUUGCGAAUGUAAGGAAUGAUAUUAUUUCAGGGGUCAAGGCUCUCAUCUAUGACCCGAGGUGUCUGCGUCUAGUGGCUCCCCUCGUGGUCGUCUUGACUCUGUUGGCUUGCAAGAUCAUCAUUGCCAAAGUUCCUUACACGGAGAUUGACUUCUCCACUUAUAUGCAACAGAUAGCGAAGGUUAACAACGGGGAGAUUGACUAUCUGGAAAUCUACGGAGACCUGGGACCCAUUGUGUACCCUGCUGGAUUCAUCGCAGUCUACAAAGCUAUUGCCCAGCUCACUGAUGGCGGGGCCGAUAUCAAGCUGGCACAGCAAAUUUUCAGCUAUGUUCUUAUAUUUACGAACUUGCUUGCGGUACUUACUUACGUGGUAUCGUAUGUGCCUCCCUGGACGAUUUACUUGUUACUUUGUUCCAAACGGAUAUUCUCAAUUUAUGUCCUCAGAAUGUUCAAUGAUUGCUUUACUACCUUGGCAAUGGUAGCAGUGACGUUGAUCUACCAACAAGCAGCUUACCAGUACAAUCAGCUGUCGCUCAUUCUGUUUUUGUUGGCGGCUGUGGGUAUGGACGUAUACCUGAUGGCCGUGUCGAUCAAAAUGAACGCCUUGUUGUAUCUCCCAGCAGUUUUAUUGGUAACUUAUUUUGUUGUUGGUCAACUGACGUUGAAGCUUUUACUAAUCCUGGCCAUUUUCCCUUUCAUUCAGUUGAUCAUGGGAUGGAACUACCUCGUGCCUUUACUCAAUGAUAAGUACGCCGUUCACAUUCGCUGGAACUAUAUCAAUAAUGCGUUUGAUUUCAAGCGGAAGUUUUUGUACAAGUGGACAGUCAAUUGGCGCUUCAUUGGCGAGAAAUGGUUCAAUAGCGACGUUUUUGCCAAAAUACUUUUGCUUCUUCAUGUUGCAGUGCUUUUGUGGUUUUUACUCACACGCUUCCUUAGUCCCCAGCUUACUGGGGAACCUCGCGUCAAAUUGAUCACCCAAGCUCUUAAAGGUGGCGCCACUCCCUCAGCAGUAAACAAGUACUUAGACCCUGUCGCUGGGCCUCGAUUGGUUAUGUUGGUGUUUUCAGUUACCAACGUAGUUGGUGUGAUGGCUCUGCGGAGUUUGCAUUACCAAUUUUUGCUGUGGUAUUUAUGGCAAUUGCCUUUCUUGUUGUGGUCUACUGGGUGGCCCAUGCCAGUGUGCAUCGUGGUGUGGGUUGCCCACGAGUACUGUUGGAAUGUCUUCCCGCUGACGCUGAUGUCCUCUGCUUUAUUAGUUACCAUCUUAGGUGCCAUACUUACUGGUGUUUGGUUCAAUCCACGGAUCUGGGGUCCCCUGGAGCCCAUCUCCACUGAGAAGAAGGAGGAAUAG